AUUGGGCGGUCAGUGUUUAACACUAGUUAUACUUUAAUGCUAUAGCAUUGGUCUCAUAGUGUACUGUAUAUACAGUGAGUGAGUGAGUGUUACAUUAGUUUUGGAUAUUUGAGUGAUUGUUGAAACAAAACGUUUGUCGUCAUUGAAUGAGUGCUUUAAAUGACUACUCAAUUGAUUGACCGCUUGAUUGCUAUAAGUAGUCAAUGAAUGGCUAAUCAAUGACACAAUUAGUAAGCAAUCAUUGAAUUGUUUUUAAUAGCAAUUAGUGAUCGCUUUUUACACAACAAUACAACCCAUUAGUGCAGUCAUAGGGCUGUCACUCAAUGGUUGUCUGCAUUUGAUCGCCAUUUUCGUUACCAUCGCUGACAUCGCAUUGUGAUUGUGGUCACGAUUGACAUCUUCGGCCCAUUGGAUCCAUUGAUAUUCUGACCGAUAUUUUUAGUCAACAAAUUUGUUUACAUUUGAUAUCAAAGUUUAUAAUAGUGUUGACAAACACAUCGAUUAAUUAGUGGCAAUGCAUGCAUCACAAGGAAGAGGUAGUGCGGGAACUAACGGUUCGGGAGUGUUGAUGGUUGGACCCAAUUUCAAAGUCGGCAAAAAGAUCGGGAGCGGCAACUUUGGUGAACUCAGAUUAGGUAAAAAUUUAUAUAACAACGAACACGUGGCCAUCAAAUUGGAACCAAUGAAGACCAAAGCGCCUCAAUUGCAUCUCGAGUAUAGGUUUUACAAAUUGUUGGGAAACGUAGACGGAAUACCUAAAAUCUAUUACUUCGGUCCGUGCGGUAAAUACAAUGCAUUAGUAAUGGAAUUAUUGGGUCCCAGUCUUGAGGAUAUGUUUGAUCUCUGCGACCGAAAAUUCUCGACUAAAACUGUCGUUCAAAUUUCAUUACAAUUGUUGUCUCGCAUAGAGUUUGUACACUCAAAACAUCUUAUAUAUCGCGAUAUAAAACCAGAAAACUUUCUAUUGGGAAGACCUAACUCACGGAAAUCUAAUGUCUUACAUAUGAUUGACUUUGGGUUAGCCAAGGAAUACAUAGACCCAGAAACUGGUAAACAUAUUCCAUAUCGAGAGCACAAGAGUCUAACCGGAACCGCCAGAUAUAUGAGCAUAAAUACACAUUUAGGAAAAGAGCAAAGUCGAAGAGAUGACUUGGAAGCAGUCGGCCAUAUGUUUAUGUAUUUCUUACGCGGAAGCCUUCCCUGGCAAGGACUCAAAGCCGACACAUUGAAAGAGCGUUACUCUAAAAUAGGUGACACUAAGAGGGCCACACCUAUUGAGGUACUCUGUGAGGGAUAUCCCGAAGAGUUCGCUACUUAUUUGCGAUACGUUCGAAGGCUGGACUUUUUUGAGACACCCGAUUAUGAAUAUCUUAAAAAGUUAUUUAUCGAUCUAUUUGAACGGGAAGGCCAUCAACACGAUGGCGAAUAUGAUUGGACUGGUAGACAACAGUCACAAUCACAUCAAAUGUCUGAACCGCCUCCCAUUCCACGUGAAAGACAUGCGGCCAGUAAUAUAAAAUUAAACGAUCGCAAUAAGAAUGCGUGGAUGGAUAGACAAGAUGAUAGAGGAUUGGGCGCCUCCGGUGCCGCUAAGCUAUUAGGAGGCAGUCUAUCCACUGCUGAUAGACACGGCUCUGUCCAAGUAGUGAGCUCUACAAAUGGUGAUCUCACAACUGAUGAUCCGACUACUGGCCACUCUAAUACUCCUAUUACUGGACCCGUUGAAGUGGAGGUGGUCUCGGAGACAAAAUGCUGUUGUUUUUAUAAAAAGAAGAAGAAGAAGAAGCCUACGCGUCAAAAGUGAUUGUUGGGUCAAAAGUGAUUGUUUGGUCAAAAGUUAUUGUUUGGCCAAAAGUUUGAGUUAUAUAAAGACAUCAACUUUUGGCUUACGUUAUAAUUUUCAUUAAGUCUUAUAAAAAUCCUAAUUCGAUAGUAAUUUUUGGAAUUCAAUUUCAAUAAUUUAUAAUAUGUGGUGAAUUUGACUCCAAGUGCUCAUAACUGUGUGCUAACCAUUUACCGUACUUUUAUCAACACAACAAACCGUUUGUUAUAAUAUUGAAUUCAAUUCAUUGGAUGAAUCGAUUUCAUUGUGAUUUCUGAUUAUCAUCGAUAUUAUUCAUCGAAGGCAACAAUUGUUUGAUCAAAAAGAUGUUUUUAUCCGUGAUUUUCCAGUAAUUCAUUUUGUGUAAUAUUAUAUAACUUUUUCAAACUACAUGUCAAUCCCAUGAAAUUGAAUUUAUUAUUUAAAAUUUAAUUGCAAAAGAAAGAAAAAUUAAUAUUAUAAUUAUUAUGUUUAUUAGUCUCAUAUAAACUGAAUCUUAAU